AUGGCGGCGGAGCCGGGCGCGGGGCUGCGCAUCUUCCGCGAUAUCUUAAGAAGAGCAGACAAGAACGAUGAUGGAAAACUGUCUUUUGAUGAAUUCAAGGCUUAUUUUGCCGACGAAGUUCUGAGUGGAGAAGAACUGCAGGAACUUUUUUACAUGAUGGAUACACACAAUACUGACAAUCUUGACACAGAAGAAGUCUGCAAAUAUUUUUCCCAGCACUUAGGAGAAUAUGAAAAUGUUCUAUCUGUCUUGGAAAACUUAAACAUAACGAUACUGAAGGCAAUGGACAAAACAAAGAAAGACUAUCAAGAAGCUUCUAAUUUGGAGCAGUUUGUGACUCGCUUUCUUUUGAAGGAAACAGUGAAUCAGCUUCAGUCCCUCCAGAGCUCCCUGGAAUGUGCCAUGGAAACUACAGAGGAGCAGACUAGGCAGGAGAGACAAGGUCCAACAAAACCAGAAGUGCUCUCAGUUCCGUGGCCAGGAAAACGCUCAGCUCGAAGGCUUCAGAGGAACAACAGCCUGUCACUAAAUAGCCCUCAUUUUGGCACAGGUUGGAUUGAGGAAGACAGCCAGUGGGUGACUCAGAUAAACAGACUCCAAAAACUGAUUGACAGGCUGGAAAAGAAGGACCUAAAGCUUGAGCCAUUUCAGGAGGAAGUUUUGGAAGAAAAGGCAAAAUCUCACAUAAUGAUUGUUCAACGUAAAAUGUCGGUGAUAGAAGAAGAAACUGAGGAAUUCCGGCUUGCUCUGAAACGCUACGUGGAAUCUGCUGCUUCUCAGGGUGGCUGCUUGCAUGUUUCUAUACAGAAGCUUCCAAGUGAUUCCUGCUUCAUGGUUUAUGAGUUCUGGGAGAACAGUGAUGCUUGGAAUAGCCACCUUCAAAUGAAUUACAGCAAGACAUUCCAAAGAAGUAACAUGGACUUCUUGGAAGCUCCAGAGCUCAUCACAACAAUGCUAGUCCCUGCUUCGUGGUGGGUCCUCAAUAACAACUAG